AAAUUCUACUCUUUAAUAAGGAGGUAAUCGAGCACUUGUCCGUCAAAACAAAACAAUAUUUUAGGUACAAGAAAAAUGUUUUUAUUAACAUCGUAGAGGUCUCGUUGCAUUAAAAAUCAUGUCAGCGUGCACGAGGAAUACGUUCAUUACCAGGAGAGACAGAGAGACCGGCUGCAAAUUACGAGCAGGUGACAUAGCGAGAUCAAAUCUAAGUUUAUCUUCAAACAUCAAAGCCCAUCACACCUGGGAUCCCAGGAAAACAAUCAGUGAUACUGAUCACGGUGGAAUUUUCAACUUCGACUUUUCAAAAGAUGGAUCAAUACUUGGAGCUGCCUGUGAAAGGAAAAGUGUACUAUUGUUUGAUCCAUUCAAUGGUAAGAAGGUGGCCACCAAAUUAAAUGCCCAUACAGACUGUGUGAACUGCGUAAAAUUUUUAGAUGAUCGUUUAUUUGCAACAUGUUCAGAUGACACGACAGUUGCAUUAUGGGACACCCGCUACCUAAAACAUAAUGUUCAAACAUUUCGUGGUCACUCAAACUGGGUCAAGAACAUAGAAUACGAUUCUAAGCAGGGUAUAUUAUUGACAUCUGGGUUUGAUGGCUGUAUUUAUACAUGGAAUAUUAACAGGUACAGUACUGAGGAGUCAUCAAACAAAGUGUUUUACACCAGUGGUCUAAUGAGGUCAAAAUUGUCUCCCGAUUUCUCUAAACUCAUCAUAUCCACACAUGAGGGCUACAUAAUAGUUGUACAUAACCUUGAUCUCUCUACAUUGGGUGAAGACCUAAAGGGGUUCAAGCCAAACAUGUAUCGGUUAAUGCAGCGAAGCCAGACACCGUUGAGAAUUGGUCUCAUGUACAAUCACGUGUUUGAACAAGAGAGGAACAGGGUACAGUUUAUAGCUGACUGGCCAACAGGAAAUGAUGCCAAUAUCAUAUCAUCUUUACAGGUUCAUCCACAAGGCUGGUGCAUGCUGUCCAGAAAUACAGACUCUAGUGAAAAUACAGAGUGGACAUGUGUGCAUGAACUACUAGAUGACUAUCCUGAGAAAAAAGCGGCAAAACGUCCGUGGGAGAUGGAACGUGUUACUCCUCAUACAUCGUCAGCUUAUUGUACUUCUACAAACACUCCUGCCUACUCAUCGUUAGCCCCAUCAAAUCAAUCACGGACACGAAAUUCUUCAUCCAGUGAAAAUCCAUCAGAAAAUGCCAUGAAUCAGUCGUCAUCAAAUAACAUUAGUGGAAAUUCAUCCACUCGUGAACUAGCUGGAAACUCAAGUAACCAAGCGUUAAGGAGUUCUCAGGCACGUCAACUACCAGGUAACCAAGGAAGUCGAGGAUCAGCAGAUACAAACAGUUCCAUUGACCGACCUGCCAGUAGAGAUUCAAUUUCACCAGAUUCAAAUGAUGGAAUAUUUACACCAGCCCCUGUUGAAAUCACAAGAGGCUCUCAGAAUGAAACUAAUGCAAGUCCCCCAGAAAGACGUGCUGCCACAUCUCCUCAGGUUUCAGGGCCAAUACAUAAUUCAUUGAUACAAAUACGUCGUGGGGCCAGGCAAGAAGACGGGAGCUUUUCUUUUUCUAUUUCUGUACAUACCUCUAGUGGUAGGACCAUUGAAUUUAACCAGGAUGAUUUGGCAUCAGAUGAUGAAGAAUCAGGAGUUAGGAUUGAAAGAAUUAUUCCUAACAAUAAUGCAGAUCUUCCGCAUGUGAAUCUCAGUUCGGGUAACACAACUCGAUCAAUAGGUGAUAAUAGAUCUGAACAGCAAGGAAACUCUGCAUCUGGAGCAACUUCAGGGAGAGAUGUUUCACCUAAUGAAAGAACUAGAACAGAAACAGCAACUGACCAAACGCAAGACGAAGACACUAGUACAAAUGUCAUUGGAGAGUCCGCAACUGUAGAAGAGGUCUUGUCAGUGCAAUCAGUAACAAAUAAUGAUCAUUCUGUUGGACCAGAAAGCGAUAGUGACAGCGAUUAUGAUCAUAAUUUACCAGGCUCGCUCAUUGAUCACACUAUAGAUGAUUAUUCAGACUUAGAAAACGAAAGUGACCAUGAUCUAAUAGAGGAAGAUAGAUACGAGUUCAGUAAUGACUCUGAUGAUGAGGCUGGAGCAGUUGGAUCCAGCUUUGACAUUGCAUAUACCAAUGAAGAAACUGGUGGAGAAAUAAACCUUACUAUUCAAGAUAGUGGUGGAGCCACAGCUAAUGUUGAAUCGGAUCGUUUAUUCAGAAACUCAGGUCUUCCGCGAAUUAGACGCGCUGGCAGCUCUAGAAGCAUAAGAGCAAAUAGCAGCAAUUCUCGUAGCUCGAAUACAAGUUCAUCUGGCUAUUCCAGUUCUGUGAACACAAACGCGCAAAAUUCUAGUCCACAAAUUGCCAAUUCACUUGAUUCUCAUUCUAGAAAUAACUCGUUCAUGUUUGUUCUUGAAUCCAAUACAGGGAAUCGCAGGAGACGAAUUCUUAAUCUUAGUUACCUUGACAGUUAUUCUGAGGUUGAGAAUAAUCAAUUACAAAAAAACAUUCAUUGGAACAGGAAAAAACUGUUGGGGUAUACAGAAGAAUGCAAUGUUGGGCGGGGCUUUAUCAAAGAGGUUGGAUUCAGUCAUGAUGGGAGGCUGAUAAGCUCCCCUUUUGGUUUUGGGUUAAGGAUUUUUGCCUUCGAUUCCCUUUGCAAUGAGUUAUGUGACUGUAUUCCAUCAAGUCCUGUGAAGUUAUAUGAAGUGACCUGUUCUCUGGCUCAUGUGAACUGUGUAGUGGCUACCAAAUUUUCACCGGUACAUAAUUUAAUUGUGUCAGGGUGUUUAGAUGGAAAGAUAGCCUUCCAUCAGCCAGUUCUGUGAAAAAUGUUAAAUGUUGUCCUUUUUUAAUUAAUAGUAUUUCUGUUAUGAAUGAAGUAAGGAGAACUGAAGGUAGGAAGAUAUGCUUUCAGGACAUACACUACAAAAAAUUUUGUACAAGUGUUGUAUUAACUGUGGGCAUUCUGUAAAUUGUAUAUUAAACUUAGGCUAUAUAGAAAUCUUUUUACAUUGAAGAUAAUGUUCAACUGAAUAUCACACAUAUGUAGGAUUUGAAAAAAACAUUACAAUUUGUAGGGGUGGUGUCUAUAGAAAUAAGCUAAUGUCAUUUAGUUUAUAAUAAGGGUAAACUAUAUCAAGCUAUCUUAUGAAAGGUUGGUGGUUCUACCCAGGUGCCUGUUCAUACUAAGUGGUACCAGAAGCGUUCCUCCACCAGUAAAGCUGAAAAGAUACCAUUUCAAGUUUUCCGAAAAAAGUCAAGGCCCAAAAGAGUCCAUAAAGCUCAUUAAAAACAUUAAAAAACGACAUGAUGAUCAAAAAGGUAUGGCAAAUUACAAAGGGGAUGAAAAUUUUGAAAUGCUAUGAAACUAGAAAGUUAUUUGAAACAAAUAAUGUUGUUUUUUCAUUAUCAAAGAUUGACAAUUUUAUUAAAGUAAUUAAGUUACUCUAUUAUCAUUGUUCUUAAGAAUAUAUUAGAAUAUUUUAUAACUUUAGAAUUUUUGAAAAAAUAAAUGCGAUAUCUUUAUAGAUGUAGUGUGAUGAAGUAAAUAUAUAAUGUUAGAUUUGGUAUGGUACAGUU